AUGCUGAAUUUACAGCUAGGUGUGAUUAAAUUGUUGGUGCUUGGUUUUACUGUCUCCACUGUUACGUCAAGUAUCAUCGAUGUCCCAGUUUUAAUUUGGGGAGGCGGCAGCUCCACAAAAUCAAUCACCAAGUCCUUCAAUUUAUUUGACAAGACGUCACAAAAAGACUUUAAGGACCUAGUGACCAAAAAAGUUGGAGAUUCUCAGCUGCCAAUAAUUGUUUUCUACCGGGAUAGUUUCUGUCGUGAGGAUGUUACGUUGCACGACACGGACCAAUGGAAGCAGCUUGAAAAAUUCGGCUCGCUGGAAUAUGUUCCAGAAGUCGAGAGUCCGCUGGCUGUCCUCGAGGCUCUUCAGUUUUACAAUCAAACUGUAGAUGAGGAUCUUAACUCUGUGUCCAAUGGCCAGCUUGCUAUCAACAGAGCCAAUGACCUUGAGUACGUUGCUGAAACUUUCAGGAUGCUCAAGGAGUCCAGUCCUUAUUUAGUGGGAAUACUUACUGGUAAAUCUUGCCAAAGGUCUGAUAGGAUCAAAAGAGCUGCUUCUGCUGAGCCUCUGGCUCAAAAUGGAAGCGAUCCGAUAUUUCAUCAGUCAGAACGAGUGUUGUUUUAUCUUGAAAAUCCACCAACUCUUCAGAUGAAAGGUUCAAACUUCCUGAGCGUUGGCCAGCCAACAAAAGCCGAAGACGAAGGCAAGGGCACAGCUGACUCUCCACUGGUCGUAAAAAUGGACUUCGACGUCACCGGGAACGACACUACGUCCUACAAAGCCAGCCUUGCCUUCGAAAUAGUAAGUAGAACCUCCGGGUACUACACCCUGCACCGAGUAAAUAUCACCCGGGACGGCAAAGAGUACAUACUCAACACCCGAGAAAAUAUCGUAUGGCCCAAAAAUUUUUCUUACCAUUGCGCGCAAGUUGUUCAAUUCUCCAUGCCCAAAGUCAACGACACCGAAGAAAUUAAGUUGAACUUGUACAACUUGCAAGUUCAAUUAUUCGCUAAAAAAUUCGGUGACACUUACGACUGCGUCGGCUUUACGUCGAUAUCCAUCUGGUCUGGGAUCUUCGUCACUUCCAUCCUGGCUCUUAUUAUGAUCUGGGGUCUUGUCAUGAUGAUGGACAUCCGCACAAUGGACAGAUUCGAUGAUUCUAAGGGAAAAACAAUUACAAUAUCUGCCCAAGAAUAA